AUGAAUGUGGAUUCACUAAGCCCUGCAGUCUUUGUCAAUGCGGAACUGUUACCCUUUUGUGUUGGAAGAAGGGUUCGUACUGUGAUACAAGUCGUGCAAUAUGAUGGUGUACUUGUCAUUGGAAAAUCACCCAAUGAGAAGCAGAUGAUUGUUAAAAUAUCACCUGAUUCACCCCUACCAUCUCCUCAUACGGGUUUUGUAGAAGUUAUUGGUAUUGUUAGCAGUGCCAAGUCCAUCAAAGUUGAAUUAUGGACCAACUUUGGUGAUGAAAUUGAUAUGUCCAGCUACCAUAAGUUAUGUCAGCUUGCAAAUGGAGAAUUCAAACACUUGUUCUUGUGA